AUGAAUCGUGUCUUCGAGAUGAAAGACAAAAUCAGGCUCUUUCUGGAAGUGCAAGAAAAGAGAGAUCUUCUGGCUCACUUCGAUGAUGAAACGUGGAAUAAAAGGGUUGCGUAUCUGGCGGACAUUUUCGACCAGCUGAACAAGCUGAAUUUGAAACUUCAGGAAAGGGAAACACACGUUCUCCUAUUUCAAGACAAUCUACGCGCCUUCAUAUCCAAAUUGCAGAACUGGAGUCAGAAAAUCAAUUUUGGGAACCUCGCCAUGUUUGAAAAACUCUGUGGAGUGAUGGAUGAGUCUGAGGGCGAACUAGAUCAGUUCCUGAAGGAUGAGAUUGCCGGAUUGCCGGACACCUAG